AAGAAGCGCCUCCCUUCCUUCCUUCUCCUUUGGGUUUCUCCUCCUCAGAAGUCAUGGCGGGGCCUCUGGGGCUUUUGCAGCGCUGGUGCCUGAAGGGCAGGAUCCCCCUUCAGCUGAGGGAGGGCACAAGGAGGAAUCUUUUUAGCCAAGGCCUGCAGAGACCCCUGGCAAUGAGCAGCACUGUCCUCCUGCAGCCCCAAAGGACAUAUCGAGCAGCACUUUGCAUGGAGCUGACCAAGCCCUUGGUUGUUCAGGAUGUCCCAUCUACUUCACUGCAACCACACCAGGUCAGAAUUCGUGUCCGUUGCUGUGGAGUAAAUUUUGCUGAUAUACUGGCUUGCCAGGGUCUCUACCAAGAUAAGCCUUCCCUUCCAUUCACCCCAGGAAUGGAAUUUGCAGGAGACGUGAUGGAGACUGGCAUGGGUGUCACCAAUGUGAAGGAGGGGGAUCGUGUCAUUGGUGUGACCAGUACCAACGCUCUGGCAGAAGAGUAUGUUGCAGAUUCAAAGUUGCUCUGGGCCAUCCCACAGAAAAUUCCUUAUGAAGAUGCUGCAGCACUGCCAGUCUCCUAUGGAACAGCCAUCUUGGCCCUUGAACACAGAGCGCAGACACAGCCAGGGGAGACUGUUUUGGUGACUGCAGCAGCUGGUGCCACAGGACUUGCAGUUGUGGAUGUUGCCACUCAUGUUCUCAAGGCAAAGGUGAUAGCCGCAGCAGGAAGUGACAAGAAAUGUCACCUGGCUCUCCAAAAAGGGGCUUUCCAGAGUGUGAAUUACAGUGAGACCAGUCUGAGAGAAGAAGUGAAGAAGCUAACAGCGAAUAAGGGAGUCGAUGUGGUUAUUGACACCAUUGGUGGGGACAUCUUCAAGGAGGCACUGCACAGCCUGGCUUGGGAAGGCAGAAUCGUGGUGGUUGGUUUUGCUGGAGGAACCAUCCCUUCCAUUCCAGCCAAUCUGCUGCUUCUGAAAAAUAUCUCUGCUCUGGGAGUGUACUGGGGCCGGUAUCGGGAUGAGGAUUUCUCAGUCUUUUCCUCAACACUCUCAUCUGCUGUUUUGCACUGCCAGGAGGGACGAAUUAAACCUCAUGUAGGAGCAGUGUUCAAACUGGAGGAGGUAAAUGAAGCUUUUGCCCAUGUGACCCAACGUAAAUCUACAGGCAAAGUUGUAAUCUCCAUUACUUAAAACUAUUUUGCAUGGGAAUCUGCCAUUGUUCUCUGCUACAUUCUGCUGAGGAGAAAAAGGUCCACUACUAGAAAGUGAAAUGAUUAACUGAAUGGCGGGCAUUUUUGGAUUACAGAAGCAUGCAAACUGUUCAGGCAGAGUGAUGAAUUUCUGUCACUGCUGUAGCUUCCACCUGAUAGUCAGAAUCCAACACUGGUGAUUUUUAUGUACUUGUUUGUUCUUUCUCUAGCCUUACCCCUCCCUAGUUUUCUUGUUGGUGAUGCAGCAGCAAUGCUAUAUGGUGCACAAAUGUCCAGGACUACAUAGUAGGAUAUACAGGAUCUAAAGAAUGAGAUGAAUAGGUGGCACCACUGAAGCUAAGCAGGCUGGACCUUUAAACUGCUAGUACUGGAGAACCACUAUGGUUUUUUUGGAAGGUAAAUAUCUGCAUAAUAGUACAGCAGGGCUGGCUAUAUUGACUUUUUCGGUACCCUGUUUUGUAAGUUUUUGACAAGGGAAGAGGAGUAGCAGGCCAAGGCCCAGUUAACUGCCAAAGUGACCUCCUAGCAGUUUGUUCUACCUUAGAUGCUUUUUUGGUAACUCUUCUGUCCCACAUUUGUGUUGGCACAGAGCUGUUUAACAGUGGAAUAUGAUUCCUCUGAGGUGCAGUCUUCUUUGGGUUUUUUUUUUAAACAGAGGCUGGAUGGCCAUCUAUGGGGGGGGGUUCUUUGAUUGUAGAUUCCUGCAUGGCAGGAGGCUGGACUGGAUGGCCCUUACGGUCUCUUCCAACUCUAUGAUUCUAUGGCACAUGAAGAGACAAAUGUAGCCCAGGGACUUCCACUUGUUGGUAUCAACAAGACUGGUGCUAUAUGUAGAUUUCAUAGAUUUCCUUAUGUCCUCUUUUACUCUCAGUUCAACAAGCUACUCCUCAAAUACGAUCCAGCUGUUCUUGCAGUAUAAAUGGAAAUUAGGCCCAAACUGGCAUUACGCAGAAUUGCAUGUUACUGCAUCCCUCACCACCCUUUCCCCACAUUUUUUUCUUCCCAGAAUGUUCAACUGCUUGUUUACACGCCUUGCCUCUACUCACUAACUGCUAAAAAUGUGGUUCUUCAGUGGCUAGAUGGUGUUUUUCACCAUGAUAGUUUCCAAUCAGCAAUAUUAAUUUUGAAAAGUAGUAUUGACUGGUGAUGUUCUUAUUAAUGAGGCAUACUGCAUACAGUCCUCUUUUUAAUAACUGCCCUUAUAGUUGACCUCCUUCAGCUCUUUCCUUUUUCAGAAUUCCUGUAAAUUGUAUAUUUUAUUCUCUCUCUUUAAAAAAGGACAAACUAAAGGAAAUAAUUUCUAAGUAUUGUAUCCUUUGAAAACUAUGGUGAUGCUAUCCUCAAGACCAGUAAAAGAAGGCCGAUACAUACAUAAGUAAUGAAAAUAAAAUGUGCUUAUUUUGGCAA